AGAAAAAUUCACGCGACCACGGAGAGAGAGAAAUGCUAAUUUUAAAUAUGAAGCAGGCAUCAGGUCAGGAUCAAACCCACGACCUCCUGUAUACCGGGCGAGAGAGAUAACAUCUUGCACCAAAUUGCUAUUCACACUCGACCCACGAAUGAGAUGAGCAAACGCAGCUGAGCCUGGCCGAUUUACAUUAACAAAAUUAUUUUUUUUAAUGCCAAGGUUUGUACAGUUGCCGUGUUCGCCCUGAAGCUGCUGUUUGCGCACCAAGAACAUGGGUUCACAUGCCAGCCAGCGACUCAUGAUGUCUGUGACGACAAUGCAAAUAUUUUAAGUAUUUUACUUCCUUUUUCACUGUCGCUAUAAGAGAGAGGUCCUGGUCCAGCGUCUCUCUGAGUCACACAGCGAGCGAUCCCAGCGAAGCCCAUGAGUCAUGGCGACCGCGACUCCCAGUGAGAGUGUGGAUAGUGAGCUGCGCUGCUCCAUCUGUCUGGACACGUUCGUCUGCCCCUCCACGCUGAGCUGCGGCCACUCGUUCUGCCUGCGGUGCCUGGAGGCCGCCUGGGAGACGGGGAGCAGCUUCAGCUGCCCGCAGUGCCGAGCGACCUUCCCUGUGCGACCCCAGCUGAGGAGAAACGUGGCCCUGGCCAACCUGGCGGAGCAGCUCAGAGUUAGAUUUGGGAUGGCCACGGCCGUCUUUUGUGACAACUGCGGUGAUGGCCACACUCCUGCAGUGAAGACCUGCCUGAGAUGCGAGAUGUCCUACUGUUUUUCUCACUUUAGGCCUCACCUGAAGAAUCCCAGGUUGAGAGACCACGCUGUGGUGGAUCCCAAUGCGAUAUUGGAUGAGAGAAGAUGCCCUAAUCACAAAAGGGAGCUGGAAUUCUACUGCACAAUUGACAACAGCCUGGUCUGCUCUACCUGCAUUAUCGCAGAUGAACACACAGGACACAAGAUCCUAACGGUGAAGGACGAGCACGAGGCAAGGAAGACGCGCGCAGGGAAGGAGAUGCGAACGGUGGAGGAGAAGAGGAAGAAGGCGGAGGAGUCCGUGAAGCGGAUGGAGGCCGCUCGCAAGGAGGCGCAGGAAUCAGUGGCCGAGAUCAGGGAUCGCAUCACGGGCAAGUUCGCCCACCUAAGGAAGGCUCUGGACGAGGACGAGAGGGAGGCUCUAUGUCGCGUAGCCGUGAAGGAGCGCGAGCUGCUGUCCCGGAUCGAGGAGGACAUCGCUCGUCACAAGCGGGAGAUUGGCGAGCUCAAAGCGGCGGCCGCUCACCUGCGCGCUCUGCAGCACGAGAUGAACUCGCUCGCCUUCCUGCAGGGGCACUUGGAGGUGACACGAAGAAGAGAGAUCCCAAAGGAAUCUGCACCCCCACCUCCCACUUCACUGGACGUCACCACGAUCCGUUGCCUUGAAAGGGUUAUGCGCAGACUCCUGCCUCUCGUCUGUGGACGCUCACCGACUCUGGACACAAACUCAGCCCACAACCGCCUCCAGAUUUCCUCGGAUCUCAGGACGGUGAUGGUGAGCGGUGUCCCCCAGAGUCGCCCCCAUCACCCACACCGCUUUGAUGUCUGGGGACAAGCCCUGUGCUCUGAGAGCUUCUCGUCGGGUCAGCACUACUGGGAGGUGGACGUGGGGAGCGUGGAGUUGUGUCGGGUUGGAGUCGCGUACGGCACGAUCCCACGGAGAGGGAGUGGUGAUGAGUGCCUCCUGGGAGGGAAUGACGUCUCCUGGUGUCUGCAGAAACUUGGCGACAGCUUCUCAGUGCAUCAUGGCGGGGUAGUGACGUCACUGUCGGUGCGGCAGCCUCCGCGGAGAGUCGGGGUUCAUCUGGACUGGGACGCGGGGCUGCUGUCGUUUUACAGCGCAGACUCCAUGGCGCCGUUGCACUCGUUUCACCAAACCUUUGCUCAGCCCCUACAUCCUGGGCUUUUGGUUGGGUGGGGUAAAUUUGGUGACUCCGUGAGGAUUGUGGAUCUGAGUGGUGCGUCCUGAGAGCGGUGAACGUGAACAGCAUAGAGGGCAGACACCACGACGCACGGUGCUCGUCAGCCUCAUCACCAUCACGCACAGUGCCACGCCUGUGACUGGCUGGUGGCUGUCGGUGGCGAGGGGCUGUGUGGCUUUCCAUCACAAUGGGGGGCUGAGCGUAAACAAUCCUCGCAACUUUUCUAAGGGGUUGGUAAAAUAAGUACUGCUCUGUGUUUGAAGCCAAAGUGGAUAUAUUCACCCUGUCAGAGGAGUGUAGCUGUAGUGUAGGGGUAUCAGUGAUUAGCAUUGGUGAACUGGGAUGUUGUGGGGGCUACCGUCCCCCGCCAUCACCGAAUUGUCGGGGCCGCUGUCCCCCGACUCCCCCAUUACAUUCAUACUCCUACCCCCUGGCAGUUCUGUAGGGUUCGGGUUACCGACCCCCGACUCCUCGCCCCCCUGUACCCCUGACUGUGUUGUCAACCGCGUAGGCAUGGCUCAAUUAGUGGGCUUGGACGCUUUACGCUUGCGGCGCGCUAUGCGGGUUCAAUGGCGGCGUGCUGCGAUGAGCGUGUUCGUGAAGCAGGACUCCGUCCCGCGCGUGAACAAAUGGGCACGGCAUACCGAUGCGUGACUCCCGUACGCAAACAAAUGGGUACGGUGCGCCGAUGCGUGAUUCCCUCACACACACGCUCUACGCACCCAGGCAAUAGCAAACCCGACGCCGCUACCUGCCCAGCCCCGUACACCAAUCACACUCGAGAGAGUUGGGGUCGGGGGUGAGAGGGCAGGGGCGUUUGCCGUGCGCGCGCCGCUGAUUGGAGGGAGCCACUCCGCUCCAAUUUAAAGGGCCGUUUAAACAGCCGUGCAUAUACGCGCACACCAGGCGCUUAGCUCUCUGCUUCGCUACAAACAACCGCGCGUGCACGCGACCGCAAGACCCUCCCCGUAAACAGUCGCACGGAUACGCAAACGCCAAGCACUCCCGUAAACAGCCGCGUAGGCAUGCGCACACUAAGUACUCCGCCUCGUUGUAAACAACCGUGCGUGCACGCGAUCACCAGACGCUACACUCCCUUAUUCGCCGCAAACAGCCGCGUAUGCGCGUGAGCACAAAACACUCCGCCUCCCUCUUCAUACUCACAGCGACCAUGACACAGUUUUAUCCUCUAUUAGCGGUUUUAUUCCCCCCGAAUAUCCCGCAUAACUGUGUGUGUCUGUGUGAGUCAGCAGGCCCUCCUAGCUUAUCCUUCGGGAAUCCUAGGCUCAAUUUAUCCUGCCUAUCGCUCCACUUUCUACCCUCGAUUAAAUAGCCCCACACUCACCUCUCUCUCUUACUCACGCUUACUUCCACUCUGAUGCGCUGGAAGUUGUAGAAGGGCGAUGCUGUGGGUCGUCUCCGUAGAAGGUCGUGCCUGGCUGCGCUGAAACUUGUCACAUGGACGAUCCGAACGGCCGGCUCCGAUUCUCUGUGGACUUCGAUGACUGGGAGAACUCAGUCUUUACCGUCUCAAUCAUGCACUUGCUCGCCUGUGCCCUUUUGACCAAUCGGAGGUUGAGAUAUUUCUGUCCCUUUGACAUUUGGGAUCCGUAAUCUCAUCUAUAACAAAAGUCAUUCAGUUGCUUCCGCACUCAUGCCACCCUGUCUAUUCAGAUGUCGGAAUGUUCCUGUCCCGUUGUUAUUUGGAUCCGUAAUCUCACCUAUAACAAAAGGCAUUCAGUUCCUAAUGCUAUCUAUAACAGCAGGCAUUUAUUUCCGUACGCCCCUUGGCCUCCUGCCCAAUCGGAGGCCCGGAUUUUCCCGCCUUCUCCGGUACUUUGAUCAUGCUCUGGUGACGUCACCGUUGUGGUUUCUCGGACGUCCGCUCUCCGUUCUUCCCGCUAUCGGCCCACUGACUCGUGUUUGUGCGUGUGCGGUUUUCACUCGCGGUGGCUCAACAGCCUCCGCUGUGACCACGUAACUUUAAUGUCAGGUCACGGUGCCGCGGUGUAUGUCAACCUCGGGGGUAGAUCGCCCAAUUUCCCAGCCGCAGGAAACCAUGAAGCUUGAUCCCAUUAGGGGCUUCUGGAUAAAAACCUGUCGGCCAGGUGACCUUCCCUCCCGGUUCUACGUGGGG